UUUUUGUUUUCUUUACAGGAUCAAUAUGACAACCAUCAUACGCUAAGAGGAAUUGAAUUUUUAGAGAAAUAUAAUUCAUUUUUAAAGGAAAGGUGUGCAAUAGAAUCUGAAUAUGCUUAUAAACUUAGGAAACUGGUUAAAAAUUACCAGCCGAAAAAGAAGGAGGAAGAAGAUAUUCAAUUCUCAUCUGCUGUAGCCUUUGUAAAAAUGUUGAAUGAGCUGAAUGACAUGGCUGGACAACAUGAAAUCAUAGCUGAAACAUAUUCUGGGCAAAUAAUGAAAGAAAUUUCAGAUUUAUUUAAAGAGUUAAAGGAUGAAAGAAAAAAGCAUUUGAACGAUGGACAGAAAUACCAAACCAAUCUCCAAAAUUCGAGAUAUUCUCUUGAAAAAAAUAAAAAGGCGUACGAGAAGUCAUUUAAAGAAGCCGAAAAAGCAAAUGAAACCUUUGUGAAAAUUGAUGCAGACAUUAAUCUUUCGAGAGCUGAUGUGGAAAAGGCUCGUACUCAUGCUCAAAUAAAGAAUAGAAUUUGUGAAGAUUGCAAAACUGAGUAUGCCAACCAAUUACAAAAGACGAAUGAGCUUCAGAGGGUUCACUUCACUGACCUGAUGCCAAAUAUAUUUCAA